AUGCUCAUCGACGGUCAGAAGUGGGCUUGCGAAGCUUGCAUUCGAGGUCACCGAGUGACUAGUUGCAAACAUCAUGAUCGACCGUUGAUCCGCAUCAAGCGCAAGGGCCGCCCCUUCGCAACCUGCUUAAUUUGCAACGCCACGCCCUGUGAAGCCCCAACGGAACACGCGCGACUCAAGCGCGAAGCGGAGCUCAAAUCUCCAUCAUCAAAAAAAGCAACCCAUGCCAGACUAUACCCGCGCCACCACGGCUCAAGCGGCUUCCUCCCCAUCGCGCCUCGACCCUCGGGCAGUAGCAGUAGUGCUAAAGAUACGUCCGGCGCUUCCUCGUCGGCGCGUGCCUCGCGCUCCGGGUCGACCUCUGCGGCUUCCGUGUCGUCGUCCCAGACCCCCGUUCGCGGUUCGCAUUCCUCCUCGCGCCGCACCAAGGUCCGUGGCAGUGUGGGGCUUUCCGUCUCGGCCGGACCUAGUCGUGUUGGAUCGAGCCAGAGUCUUUCGCGCUCGGGGCCCGACACCCUGAGACCAGACCCGGCAUUGUGUGAAGAUAUGUUUGACCCGAUGUAUUCCCUCGCUCCGGCGUCUUCGUCCGUGUCCGCGGCUGGUCUGGUACAGAAUGUGCCAAUGAUCAGCCCGUUGGACGGUGCCAAUCCCUUUGACUUCCCGCUGGAUCCAGCGCUGACACUGGAUGACGGAGCCUUGGAAUAUCUGGAUGAUAUGGAUUUCACUGAGGGGUUGACAGAUGAGGUAUUCCAUGUGGAGGAUUGGUCAAGGUAUAUGUGGUCGCCAGAGACUGGAUUCGAGCAAUUAAACACGGGCUAUCCUACCGCGUCUCAAUAA